ACAGAUAUUAUUUCCCGGGUGGGGAGGGGGUUGCACGUAACACUCUCCCCUCUUGUGCUGUGUUUCCCAUUAGCAGACAUCUCCUGUUCCGACUCCUGAAAAGACUCUGCAAACUUGUUUACUCUCUGGAGAGCACAAAAGAAAAGGGGGGUGACUUUGAAUUGCAGCCAUUGCUGAGGGGCAGGGGAAUUGCCUGGGCUUGUUAGUCUUCCCUUGCACUCACUCACUCGCUCACUCGCUCACUCACUCGCUCACUCACUCACAGGGGAGCGCGCAGGAUUGGUGGCACUGCAGGGAAACAACACAGGGAUGGGGGUUACGUUUGCGCAGAAGGAGAACAUUUUUUAAAAAUAGCAACGGGAAGGAACUUAACCCCAGUCGUCCUGCACUGACAGCUAGAGCCGUGCGCAUAAAGCAGAUUUGUUCUCGCUCUCUUUCCCUUUAUUUUAUAGUAACGGGUUGGGUGGGUUAGAAAGUAAACUUUGCUGGGACAGGAUAUUUGGCAAUGGAAGAGGCGCAUGUAAAGUCCCACUGACAGGAUGAGUAAAUACUCCCAGUCUCCUCGCAGAUACUUCAUGCCUCCGCUCACCAACUAUUCUCCAUCUCCUUUUUGCACGGGAACGUUCGGAUCUCGCUGGGCUUCAUGAAUUCGCUGUGGAUCUUAAACAUUUUGCACUCAGAGAGAAUGAGAUUUCCUUGGUGAUAAAUGAAUAGCCCUUAUGCCCAAUAUGAGCUGGAGUUUUUUAACCCGUCUUUUAGAAGAAAUUCACAAUCACUCCACCUUUGUGGGGAAGGUGUGGCUCACAGUUCUGAUCAUCUUCAGGAUAGUCCUGACGGCAGUAGGAGGGGAGUCUAUUUAUUCAGAUGAACAGAGCAAGUUCAUGUGUAACACUAAGCAGCCGGGCUGCGACAAUGUCUGCUACGAUUCCUUUGCUCCGCUUUCCCAUGUUCGGUUUUGGGUCUUCCAGAUCAUCAUGAUUUCUACCCCUUCUGUAAUGUAUCUUGGCUAUGCAAUACACAAGAUUGCCAGGUCUGCAGAAGAAGAACGCAGGCACAAUUCAUGUAGGAAGAAAAAGUCAUGUUCCAAAUGGCAGACAGACCAAAAUGUUGAGGACCCAGAAGAUGAGGAAGAGGAACCUAUGAUUUAUGAUGGCCCAUCAGAGCCAGAGAAAGUGGAAAGCAUAGAAAAAGAAUGUAAAAAGCACGACGGUCGUAGACGUAUCAAAGAGGAGGGAUUAAUGAAAAUUUAUGUUUUCCAGUUGGUGGCAAGAGCAAUUUUUGAAGUGAGUUUUUUGGUAGGCCAAUAUUUUUUAUAUGGGUUUGAAGUCUUGCCCUUUUUUCAGUGCAGCACUAGACCAUGUCCUCAUAUGGUUGACUGCUUUGUGUCACGACCAAAAGAGAAGACAGUUUUUCUCUUAAUAAUGUAUGUGGUGAGUUGCCUUUGCUUGUUGCUCAAUGUCUUCGAGAUGUUGCACCUUGGCGUUGGUACUUUAAGAGAUGCUCUUCGCAGCAAGAAAACUUCUAGAAACAAACAUCCCCCAUACAACUAUUCUUAUCCUAAGAACAUCACUUGUCCUCCAGAAUACAACAUGGUGGUCAAAUCGGACAAGUCUACCAAAAUCCCAGUAAGCCUUAUGGCGCUGGAACAGAACUUGGCCAACGUUGCUCAAGAACAAAACUGCACAAGCCCAGACGAAAACGCCCCUGCUGACCUUUCUGCUUUACAUAAACAUUUGAGAGUUGCUCAGGAACAAUUAGAUAUAGCCUUUCAGAGCUAUAACACUCACGUCAAUGGCCAUCCUUCCAGGACGAGUAGUCCAGCUUCUGGUGGGACAGUGGUGGACCAGAACAGAGCCAACACUGCUCAUGAAAAGCAAGAAGCUAAGCCCAAAGCCAGUAGUAAAGCCAGUAGUACCAGUAGUAAAGAAGGAAAAACCUCCGUAUGGAUAUAAACAGAACUUCAAAUAUCAUUGCUGCAAAUGCGCUGGUUUCAUAAGUCCCACAAAAAGGAACAUGGCUUUUCAUUAUUUGCUUCAUGGAUUAUUUUUUUUUUAUUUUUUUUUUAUAUUAUUUCAUUUUUAACAGUAUUCAGUAUUCAUGGUUCUAACUAUAAACAGACCUCAGUUUUUACUCAACAUCAAGAACUUUUAUCUGUGGCUGGGCGGAACCAAACCAUAACAACAUCUCCAUAUCUCCAUACAACGUGGUCCUUUCCUUUUCCCAAAGACUGGAAAGUAGACUUAAAUAUCCAAACCAUCAUUGGAUAGAACGUGGAUGAGAAGAGUAACCAAAGGAUAUCUUAUGUGUAAAAAUGUCUUGUAACAAAUGGCCUUUAGAGUAUUGACUUGUUACUUUGUUAAUAUGUUUUGUUUUUUUUUAAUUAUGUUUUUAUUGUUUUCCUUUUAAAACAAAAGUAUGAAUAUGUUUAACAGGUGAAUGACUGUAUUAUCACAGUUUUUUAGUCGGUGUAAAGCAAAAAAUGCUUUUCUACUAUCUCUUCCAAGCCCAUUCUCAGAUGUAUAUUUAAUGCCAAAUAGGAAACAGCCUGUGUUUUACUUGAAGCUGAAAUUAAAAUGUUCAUCACCUUG